CUCUGUGCAUGUUCAGUUGUAAUUCACUCACUACUACUUAUGGUUGCAAUUAAGUACAGACCUAAGUACAGACCACUAGAUUUUCAGACCCAAAGAUCAGCUGGAUUCUCGCAUGUGUGGGGCUUCUGCUUUGGUCCCUCCCACAUCAACCCUCCAGGAUAUCGUUCUCAACUUUGAGUGACUUCCCACCUCUAGUUAUUGCUGCAGAGGAAAAUCAAGAAUCACAGUCUGCAGACUUCCCACAGUUUAGACAGCCUCUGAGGCCAGCUACAUGGCAAUGCUGUAUGAAAACCUCCAGAAUUUGCAGAGUGAGGACAAAAACCAGGAGACUGAAAAAGUGCCUCCUCCCCAGUCUAUCCUGUACAAUAUCUUGUCUUGGACCUGCCUUAUCCUGUUCUCCUUGGGCCUCAGCCUCCUGUUGCUGGUGGUUGUCGCUGUGAUUGGAUACCAAAAUUCCCAGUUACAGAGAGACCUAGGCACCCUGAGAACCACUCUGGACAACCUCACCUCAAACACAGAGGUCAAAUUCCAGGCACUGACCUCCAAGGGUAACAGCUUGCAAGAAAGUAUAGGUUCUCUGAAAGAGGAGGUGGAGGAUAACAGGCAGGAACUGCAAGCAGGCCGCAGCUUGAAACAGAAGGUGGAGUCUCUGGAGAGCACGGUGGAGAAAAAGGAGCAGGCACUCAAAACAGAUCAAUCUGAAAUAUUCCUGCACAUCCAACAGCUGGGGAAGGACUUGAAGUCCCUGAACUGCCAGCUGGCCAACCUCAAGAACAAUGGCUCUGAAAUGACCUGCUGCCCCCUUCACUGGUUAGAACAUGAAGGCAGUUGCUACUGGUUCUCUCAAUCUGGGAAAUCAUGGCCAGAGGCUGACAAGUAUUGCCAGCUGGAGAAUGCCCACCUGGUGGUGGUCAACUCCAUGGAGGAGCAGAAAUUUCUAGAGAAUCGAAUAGCCCACAAGCACACUUGGAUGGGUCUAACUGACGAAAAUGGGCCCUGGAGAUGGGUGGAUAGCACUGACUUUGACAAAGGCUUUACAAACUGGGCCCCAGAGCAGCCAGAUAACUGGCAUGGACAUGGAUUGGGAGGAGGUGAGGACUGUGCCCAUUUCAACCCAGAUGGUCGCUGGAAUGAUGACGUCUGCCAGAGGUCCUAUAGUUGGGUCUGUGAGACAGAGCUCAGCAAGGAAAGCUAAGAGUCUUCUCCUUGUAACUUAUUCCUCCAUGACUUCAGCUGCCAUGGUCUAUGACUGGGAAUCCUAUUUGGGGGGCGGGGGUUGUCUCAAGAUUUUUAACUAGAAUUUUACGGAGGGGUAACAGGAUGGUGUUUAAGGUAGAAAGCAUGGUGUUUAGGGGCAUGGGGUUAUUGAAACAGGAGCCAUUUGUGCAGUCUGCAGCUUAGUAUUAUCUACUUUUAAUGUCACAAAAUAAAAAGACAUUUUUA